AUGGAUCCGGCGCUGACGCUCAAUGCAGCUGACUACGAUCCCAUCGACCAUCUCAACGCCCUCUUCUCCCACCCCGCCACACUCUCCUCCGUCUCUGCCACCUCCGACGCCCUUCGCAACUAUCAGGAUGACCUUGACGAAGACAUUGCCGCCGUUGUCGCCUCCCAGUCUAGCUCAGAUGCCGACAGCGUCCAGCGUAUACAGGCUGCAAAGGCAGAGCUGGCUGAUCUCUUCAAAAAGAUUGAGAGCGUCCGGGAGCGGGCCAUGCAGACAGAACAGACCAUCACCGAGAUGACUGCAGACAUAAAGCGUUUGGAUAGCACAAAGAAGAACCUGACGCUCUCUAUGACGGCGUUGAAGCGACUUCAGAUGUUGACGACGGCCUAUGAACAAUUACGGAGUCUUAGCAAGUCGCGACAGUACAGGGAAUGCGCACAACUGUUGCAGGCUGUCAUACAACUUGUGGCACACUUCAAGAGUUAUCGCUCUAUAGACCAGAUUGCAACCUUGAGUCGCAAUGUGGCGGACGUGCAGGGCGAAUUGCUAGAGCAGGUCUGCGAGGAUUUCGAGGUGACAUUCGCCAAGGGGGAAACGGCGUCACGAAAGGCCAUGCUCGCGGAAGCCUGUCUGGUUAUCGAUGCGCUCGGAGAACAUGCUCGCACCCGGCUCAUCAACUGGUAUUGCAACACGCAGCUGCGCGAGUAUCGCCAGGUCUUCCGGGGCAACGAUGAAGCUGGAUCAUUAGACAAUAUUGGACGAAGAUACAGCUGGUUCAACCGGAUGAUGAAGACAUACGACGUCGAACAUGCCUCCAUCUUCCCGGCCUAUUGGCGGGUGAAUGAGAUGCUGGCCAACUCGUUCUGCGAAGGAACCCGUGAAGACUUCAAGUCCAUAUUACAAAAGUCUGUGCGGAGAGGCGAUGGGCAGAGUUUGGAUGUCGAACUGCUUCUCUCGUGCUUGCAGGAGACACUUGACUUUGAACACAGUUUAGAAAGGCGGUUCGCUAAUGAGUCUCGCUCCUCAAUGGACACAGUAGCCUCCAAGGACGACCGGCCGCAUGGCUUUAGUCAGGCCAUCUCCGAGGCUUUUGAACCCUACAUGAGCCUCUGGGUCGAAUCUCAAGACAAGCAACUCGCCAAUCUCAUACCAAAGUACCGGCAACAACCCCUCCGAAACCCAGAGGAGGAUUUCUCCCCUCAAGCUGUGAUACCCUCAUCGACAGAGCUGUUCCAAUUCUAUCGUUUGACAUUGGCACAGUGCGCUAAGCUUUCGACUGGAACGAGGUUACAGGAGCUAUCCAUGACCUUUGCCAAGUACCUGGAUCAGUACGGGCAACAGGUGCUCUACUAUUUUCUUAGCGAGAAAGCAGGAGCUCAAGGGCCUUCCGUCGAAGACGCUGUCCUCAUUCUCAACACUGCAGACUAUUGCUAUAUGACCUGCAACCAACUGGAGGAGAAGAUCAGAGGCCGCAUAGACGAGGACUUUAAGGAAAAGGUUGAUUUGCAGAGUCAGGCUGAUGCCUUCAUGGGUAUCGCUAGUGCCACAGUCCGAAUGCUCGUUCGAAAAGUCGAGAUGGCGUGCGAACCUAGCUGGAGGGAGAUGCGAAACACACCUUGGGCAAAGCUCGAGAGUGUUGGCGACCAAAGUAGUUAUGUGGCUGAACUUUUGCGUAACGUAAAGGAGAGAUCUGGGGAGAUCCUGAAGCAUCUCCACAAGCAGCAGUAUGCGCGAGCUUUCAGCGACAACCUUGUCGAUCUUAUGGCUUCCACGUACAUUGCGAACAUAAUGCAGUGCAAGCCAAUCUCCGAAGUUGGGGCUGAGCAAAUGCUGCUGGAUUCCUACGUGCUGAAGAAGGGUUUCACGGAGCUCCCUACCCUCAAUGAGGAGCCUGGUACAGCACCACCGGCAAGCUUCAUCAAACGCGUAAAUCAGUCCAUGUCCAAGAUCGACCCUCUUCUCAAAACGUUGCAAGUUCGUCCUUCGCCGCCAGAAGCCCUCGUGCAAGCCUACCUUAUCCAUAUUGCCGACAAAUCCGACACCAACUUCCGCAAGAUUCUUGAUCUCAAGGGUAUCCGCAAGGCUGAGCAAACUCAGCUUCUCGACCUCUUCUCUGCCUUCCGUGCAUCGCCCAACCACGAAAACCUCGUGCAGAACUCGCCCUUCCUUACGCCACUGCAGAUCCAGGCUGCAGGUAGCGUUGGAAGUACGGCAGGAAGCGUCAUGGGCACGAUGGGAACACCGAGUCUUGGUGGGGGCAGAUUCGACGCAGCAGGCUUGGGUAACAUGCUCGUUAAUGCCGCAAGGGAUGGUGUUGAUCGAUUCGGUAGUCCUGCGCCGGGCCAGCAGCAGGCUGGAGGUGCGGAUGGAGGCGCGAACCUGGAGAGUAAUUUGAAGAAUAUUGGCAAGUUCUUCAGGAGGGAUGUGGGAGGGUUCCGAGGAUUUGGACGGAGUGAAGACGGACGAUAG